AUGGAAAUAGCGACAACGAUCACAUCAACACUGUCUACUUCCACUCUUGUUCCUCUCGACCGCUCCUCUGUGCUAUGGGUGCUGAUCGUUGGUGUGAUAGUCGCAUUCUUUUUGGCAGCCGGUUUAGGAGCAAAUGACGUGUCGAAUACCUAUGGAACAUCCGUUGGAAGUGGUGUUGUUACAAUAUUUCAGGCGUAUGUAUUGGCUACAAUAUUCAUCACGAUGGGUGCACUACUAGUAGGAUGGCAAGUUACGGACAUGAUGCGGAAAGGCGUCGUAGACGUAGACGAGUACAAGAACGCUCCGCACGAGCUCAUGCUGGGACAAUUGGCUGUUCUUGGAGGAACAGCAACCUGGUUAGCCAUCACCACUGCACUGAGCCUACCGGUAUCCACCACACAUGCAGUCGUGGGAUCCACACUUGGAUUCUCGCUUGUACUGCGUGGAACAGAAGGCGUUGAAUGGUAUGAGAUCGGCAAAAUCGUUAUGUCUUGGUUUUUGUCUCCUGCAAUAUCUGGCGCAAUCACUCUGAUACUAUACCUGCUAGUAGAUUUUGCGGUAUUGCGACGGAACCAUCCAUUCGACUGCGGCCUCCGGUCUCUUCCGUACUUUUACUUCGCCGUCAUCUCCUUCAAUGUAUUCAUGGCCACAUGGGAUGGAUCAAGGCUUCUGCACUUUGAUAAGAUCCCAAUAUGGGGAUGCGUGAUACUUGCAUUAGGAAUCGGGUUGAUAGCAGCGUUGCUUGUCCAUUUUAUUCUAAAACCACGGCUUCGGAGAAAGAUUAGGGAAUCAGCAUAUGAUGUUGAAGCUACACAAAAUCCACCCACUAAGACUAAGCUUAGUGAGGCGGAUUAUUCGGAAUGCAGCGAAGAUAGUGGAGCUGUUGGCAAAGUGAAGCGUUUCAUGAAAUGGCUUCUACCGGAUAAAAAUCGAGUGGACGACGAAAAAACUAUUCAACUAUUCGGUUCCAUACAGCUUUUCACCGCCUGUUUUGCAGGUUUUGCUAUCGGUGCAAAUGAUGUGGGCAACGCCAUAGCUCCCGUGGCAUCUUUGGUGGAUAUCUACACGCAUCGGAGUGCUGAGCAAAACUCACAAGUUCCCAUCUACGUUCUCCUUUAUGGUGUUGUUGGUAUAUGUGCUGGAAUGUAUACCUUAGGUUAUAGAAUCAUCAGAACCGUUGGCACCAAUGUCAGCAAGAUCAACCCAGCCACUGGAUUUACUAUAGAGUUUGGUGCGGCUUUAACUACUCUAGUUGCCAGUAAAUUCGGCUUGCCCAUGAGUACAACGCAAUGCCUGGUUGGCUCUGUGGUCCUUGUUAGCUGUGUACGACCGGGAGAAGGAGUGAAAUGGAAAGUUUUUCGCGAUAUAGUUAUUGCCUGGGUUUCGACGGUACCUAUGUCAACUGCGAUCUCGGCAGGGAUAAUGUUUCUUUUGAAGUUCACUCUAUAGAAGGAACUAAAACGACAAUCUGGACAAAUACUUUUGUCUGUAUAUAGAUCAAAAAUAAACCAAAUUUCUCUG